CUUUGAGUCCCUGCUUCGUCUUGCUGAGAACCACACCACUUCUCUCUUUGAUACUGUCUACAGACCCAUGUCAAAGGAAGCAGCUGAGCCUGUAAAGGAACUUUUUACAGACCUCUCUCUCUACCUCUUGGGUGCUCAGACCAGAGUGGAAAGAGCUUUUUUCCGGUUCUUCGACAGCCUCUUCCCGUUGGUUUAUACCCGCUUGAUAAACCCAGGCAUGACGGAUUUGUCAGAAGAAUAUAUGGAAUGCCUGCGACAAACACGACAAGACAUCAAUCCAUUUGGGCGCUAUUCCAAGGAAGCUGUUACGGAGCUAGCAAAGUCUCUGAGGGCAAGCAGGACAUUCAACCAGGCCCUGGGGAUGGGUGUUGAAGUGCUGAAUGCCACUGAGCAUGCUGCUUUGACCAAAGAGUGUAUCCGAGGCCUUGUGAGAAUGCAGUAUUGUCCUCACUGCCAAGGCCUGACCCUCAUCAGGCCCUGUGAAGGGUAUUGUCUAAAUGUGAUGAGAGGCUGUUUUGCCAGCGUAUCUGAGCUGGAUGUUCAUUGGAGGGAAUAUAUCUACACCCUGGAGUACCUCACAAAUGAAAUGACUGGAACUCAUGAACUGGAACUGGCACUGCUGGGUAUUCGGUACUCAAUCAAUGAAGCCAUUUUACAGGCACAACUUAAUGGACCCCAGCUAUCAGCUACUGUAGAUAAAGUAUGUGGACAUCCUGAAGAAAAAGAAGUGAAACCUUUGCCAGACAGCAUAGUUCAAGCAAAGGAAAUAAUAGAGAAACCACCUCUAACAAUGGCCCACUCGACUACUCUUAACAAUAAAAGGAGUUCUCUGCCUCUGAAAGCUUCAAAGAAUGACAAAUCCAGAAGUUUGAAAAAAAUGUCCCGGGAAUUUAUCAAUUAUAUGAAACGAUCCAGAACUUUUUAUGCCUCUUUGACAGAAAGGCUCUGUGAAGGUGAUCUCGUGAUGAAAGACAGCUCAACCUGCUGGAAUGGCGAGGAUGUUGUAGAAAGUUAUACAAGCAGAGUGGUUACAAAUGGAUUGAAAGCCCAGAUGAAUAAUCCAGAACUGAAAGUCAGAGGGUUGGAUCCACAGAUAGUUCAUUUAAUUGACAAGCUGAAACAUUUUAAUCAGCUGGCAGCCCAGACGACAAGUUUACAAUCAGAAAGUUGGAUUGACAGGGAAGGUGGCAGUGGGAAUGGAAUGAACAAAGAGACAGAAUCCAGUGGAGAUUGUGAUGAUGAAGAUGGAUGCCAAGGAUCAGGUGAUAAAAGCUACACAAAAG